GGCAGAUCUGAUCUCGCUUCACACAAUACAAAGACUAUAAGCGUUUCGAUACUAUUAUACCACGAUUAGCCAUCUAACCCCCAUCAUGUCUCUCGAAACUACAACAUACAACGUCUACCGAGUCCGGUUCACACAACGAGGCAACCCCGACCACGAAGGCAUCGCGUUGGUGCCCGCUCAGAACAGUGACCAGCUAGCUGGACGAUUCUACCACGUUAAAGGAACCGUCGGUAUGGGGAUGGACUACGAACGAAAGCCAGGCCAUAGAUUUGGUGCUAUAGACGGUUACAAGGACUCGACGUUCCAAUUUCAGCUUCCGAAAUCGAUGCUGCAUCGUUUUGAAGAGAUUGCGGCAAAACAUCCCCCGCCAUACGAUCCAAGGGUGUUGACGGAGACAAAGCCUGACCCGCCAGCGCGGAACUGCGUUAAUUGGGUGGAUGAUGUUUUGGAUGAAGCUAAGAGGGAACUGAGCUAGGCUAGAGUGCUCUAUACUGACUGCUGAGUGUGGAGAUUUUUAAGUCGUUUCAUUGUGGCGGUCUGGCAGAAAACCCACGUAUAUUUCUAUUUCAGAAGAAGUCACAGUACCAUUAAGCG